GGUCCGAGUCGGGUAGACUCUGACGGGUAGGCCAGCUGCGCAAUCGCAGAGAGCCCCAGCCACGCCGGCCCAGGUGGCCUCCGGUGAGGAGGGCGGAGCGCACCUGUGGCGACGGGGCGACGAGUUCAAGCCUCCGUGGGUGCAGCUGGCCGCCAGCGAGGGAUGCGGAGACGCCCCUGAACGACCAUGGCAUCGGCUGACGAGCUGACCUUCCACGAAUUCGAGGAGGCCACUAAUCUUCUGGCUGAGACCCCAGAUGCAGCCACAACCAGCAGAAGUGAUCAGCUGACCCCACAAGGGCACGUGGCUGUGGCCGUGGGCUCAGGUGGCAGCUAUGGAGCCGAGGAUGAGGUGGAGGAGGAGAGUGACAAGGCCGCGCUCCUGCAGGAGAAGCAGCAGCAGCAGCAGCCCGGAUUCUGGACCUUCAGCUACUAUCAGAGCUUCUUUGACGUGGACACCUCACAGGUCCUGAACCGGAUCAAAGGCUCACUGCUGCCCCGGCCUGGCCACAACUUUGUGCGGCACCAUCUGCGGAAUCGGCCGGAUCUGUAUGUGACCGUGGCAGGCAUCAGCAUCUACUGCUACGCGUGGCUGGUGCCCCUGGCCCUGUGGGGUUUUCUGCGGUGGCGCAAGGGUGUCCGGGAGCGCAUGGGGCCCUACACCUUCCUGGAGACCGUGUGCGUCUACGGCUACUCCCUCUUUGUCUUCAUCCCCAUGGUGGUCCUGUGGCUCAUCCCUGUGCCUUGGCUGCAGUGGCUCUUUGGGGCACUGGCCCUGGGCCUGUCGGCCACCGGGCUGGUAUUCACCCUCUGGCCUGUGGUCCGUGAGGACACUAGGCUGGUGGCCAUGGUGCUGCUGUCUGCGGUUGUGCUGCUCCAUGCACUCCUGGCCGUGGGCUGUAAGUUGUACUUCUUCCAGUCGCUGCCUCCGGAGAAGGUGGCUCCUCCACCACAAAUCACAUCUCUGCCCUCAAACAUCCUGCUGCCCCCUACCCUGCCUCAGACCAUGGCCCCCUCCUAGAAAGGCCUGGGUCCCACAGGCAACACCUAAGUGGACCAACUCCUCUACCUGUCCUGCCCCCCAGAUGAUGACUGAAGGUUCCCUUGACACCUUGAGAUGACUCUGCUACUUUCCAGACUUUUCUUACAAAGCAAACACUUUUAUUUUCUAUGCAAAGGUGAUUCAGAGAAUUUAUAUAAAGGCGGGAGAGGGGCAGCCGAGCAGGGAGCUUUGGGACAGGGCUGGGGCCCCCAUAUCCCCCUGGGCCACCUGCUUUCCCUCCCAUGGCUCCCCUGGAACAGGAGAGCGAGCCAAGGGGGCGCCCCAGCCUGGACAGCACCCGCUCCUGCCUGGGUGCACACAUGGCGGGCCUGGGUCCGGGCCUGAGCUCCAGCAUCUGAGUUUGGGGGUGUCAGAAACAGGGGAGCAGAAGGAGAAGAAAACUGCCUGUGCUGUAACACGUUUCCUUGUUUAUUUUUUCUUUUUCUUUUUUUUUUUUUUCUGGAGGGAGAGGUCCCUGCAAGGUCCCUUCCCAGGCAGGGGAGGGACGGAAAUGCCGUCACAGUAGUAGGGACUGGAGCGUCUACAAGGAUGGAGGGGAGCUACUCAGGCCUAACAUUAGCUACAAGGAAAAAGGACGCCUUCCGUGACAGAUCUUUGAGGUGUCUGUGUCUGCCCCAAGUGGCCGGCAGUGGCCUUCCCUCCGGGCCCAAGGCCUGCAGCCACCUGCUCUAACUCUGGGUGGGGGGAGCUGGGGGGACUGCAGGGGCUCGGGGACAGGACAGCAGCAAGAGGCAGGGGCCGAGGACGGAGGCCUUCCCGACAGUGGGGUGGGUUGUACAUUCAAGUGUGAGGUGAACCCUUUGGUGGGGAGGGGGCCCCUGAAGCCUCGGCGGGGCCACCCCUCCCUGCGGCGCCUCUGAGUCUAGGGAGAGGGGCUGCUGGCUCGGCCCGGCCGGCCUGGCUUCACAGAGGGUCUGCGGAUUGACACUGGUUCUUUUC